ACAGCAGUUUUCCUGCAGCUUGGUUAAAAUCAGUGGCUGUCAUUUUUUCGCAGCAGAGAAGAAAAUCCGGAAAAUAUGGAGCCUUCCAAGGAAAAUGGGGAUGUGCCGAAAAGCGAGGAGAUUACCAAGAGGUCAAUCCGUGUCCAAGUAUGGAAGAAGCUCCUCGAGCAGAAAGCCGCAACUCACACCAACUACGUCUACAAUCGCAUUACGAACUUUGUGGGGGCCGAAAAAGCCGCCGCCCUCCUUGCGGAUACGCAGGAGUUCAAGAAUGCCCAAAGAAUCAAAAUCAACACGGAUAAGCCCCAGGAGCCGAUAAAACUUCUGGCUCUGGGCGCCGGGAAGCCUCUCUUCGUGUCCCCGGCGCGUGACUCAACAGCCCUCCUGGCUAAAAUUGAGGCACCCGCUGAUGCUGAUCUGACGGUCCAGAAGCAGCUCAUUCGUCCGCAGGCUCUGCGUGAGAAUGGUCAGGAGAUCAAUCACGACACGGACUUGAAGCUGGACAUGAUCGUUAUCGGAUCGGUGGCAGUGGACAGAGACGGUCGCCGAAUUGGCAAGGGAAAUGGCUACGUGGAUCUGGACUUUGCUCUUCUCGUGCACUGUGGAGUUAUCACCAAUGACACCCUGAUCGUGACAACGGUCCACGAUGCUCAGGUCUCGGACAGCUUACCAGGUGAUCUCUUCAAAAGCUACGAUGUACCUGUGGAUAUGAUUGUGACGCCAACGGAAGUGAUCCGCGUGGCGAAGCGUCUUAAGCGUCCACAAGGCAUUGAGUGGCAAUUGCUGUCUCAGCGUCGCCUGGGAAUUGUGCCGGUGCUCAAAGUCAUCAAGGAGAAGGAGGAGGCGUCCGGGAAGGUGAUUGAGUUGAAGUCCGAAGAUACCGACGUUGAGACAAAUCGCAAACCGCGUCAAAAUCGGAAUAAGCGCUUCAUGAGGCGCCAGCGCAAACCGCGCAAUUCUGAGAAUAAUGGUGAAAAUAACCAGGAAAAUAACCAACGAAAUCGACGCCCACGCAGAAAAUUCCCAAGACGUCGUGAGAGGGACAAUCAGAAUGGACAGGAGAACCAGGAGAAGCCAGCUGGUGAUCGCCGUCGUGGUACAGAUCAUAGCAAUAAUAUUUGUAUCAAAGUUACAAAUAUCUCCAAGAAUAUUCGCGUGAAGGAUAUCAAGCAGGAGAUCCGAAAACGUGGCUGCAACCCUCAUUUUAUCUCCUGGAAGAGUGGACGAUGCUUCUUGUAUUUCCACAAGCCAGACACUGAUAUUGAGCAGGCCACCAACGAUCUUCUCAAUUCACUGGCCAAUCUCAAGGUGAGUGUUCAGAAUGAGAGUGAGGAAGUGGAGGAGGUUGAGUUGCGUUGCGAGAUUAUGAAGAUGAAUCAAGAACGCAAUAACAAAACCGAUUUAAAUAGAAUUGAAACCACUGAUGUUACCGCAGUGUAAAUCAAUUUUUUUUAUUUUUUUUUAAAUUCAACUAACUAAAAAAGAAACAUUUAAACGAAGUGAAUAUAGAGCAAAGAGGAAGAAGACGCGGAAGUUAAAUAGAAAUUUGACAAAAUGAUGUUUGCAAAUUGAAUAUUGUCUCUAGCGGAGAUGAAAUUUUGAAAUUUUUCGGUAAAUUUGAAUGACACAUUAUUGGAAAAAAAGAAGGAAAAAAAAAACAAACAAGAGAUAUGAAGAACAAAUGAACUAAGAAUUAGACAAAAAGAACGAUUUAUUGAAAAAAUUGAGAUGCUUCAUAAUUUUAUGUUUUUUUUCGUAUUCGAAAUCAAAGAAAUUUUUUGACGUUUUCAAAGGAGUUUUAUAUUGCGAUAAAAAAAAAUUAUAUGAAAAAAUUAUAAUAAAAAAAAGAGUUUGCAGUUCAAAGAUUUUCAUACCAAUUAAUAAUAUUUUUUUUGUUUUUUUUUUUUUGUACCAUAAAAUAACACGUUUUCUUACAUCUUAAUUUUUUUUUUGGAAAAAAUAAUUACGAUUAUUGAGGAAUAAAUGAUGGAGAACGUAAUGAAAAUUAAAGAAAACAUUUAAUAAUUAACCCAUUAACAUGAAGAGAUCAAUAAAUUGAGAAAAAAAUGAGAUAAAAAGAAGUAAUUGUAUAAGAACUUUUUACUUGUAAUAAUACGUAUAAUUGACAAAAAGAAUAAAAAGAUAUUUGAGGUUUUUUCUUUAAUUUUUUUUUCUUUUUUUUUUGUAAACCUAUAAAGAUUAACAAUAAUUAUGAUUUAUUUUGAAGAAAAAAAAAUAUGAAUCACAAUUUACAAUAUUUAUGUUAAAUAUAAUAUUUUUUUCUUGUGUUAACAUAGUUUUAUAUGAAUGAAAAAAAAGAAAUAUAUUGCUAAAAAGGCGGGAGAUUUAUUUUUUUUUCAAAAGAAAAACUAAAAAGCUCAUUUGAAUGUGCAAAAGCACGGUGAAUCUUUAAUUGUAAUGUUCUGUUCUUAUGUACAACUAAAUAUUUAUUUAAACUGAUUUAAUGCAUCUUUUCUAGUUCAUUCAUUUUAAUCAUUUAUCACUGGAUUACCUUGUUCAGUGAGGAAAAUUCUCCCGCCAAGAUUAUUUUUCACUUUUUGUGCAUUAAAUAUUUCUUGAAGGAUUGUUGCGCUAUUUUUUGCAACACAUUCAAGUCGAAUUAUUAUGUUUUUUCAAUUUUUUUCGAGGUAUUUUCUUCAUUUUUGCAGUUUCCAUAUGGAUUAGAAUGAGACGUAACAUGUUUUGUAUCAAAUUUAAUAGCAGAACGUUUAGAAUUCAGGUUGAAAAGGAUAUUGAAUAAAUUUUUCCCACUGAUUUUCCGUAAGAAAUUGUCAAUUUUUUCUCCUAAAAAAAAAAUCUGAAGGAAAAAAAAAACAAAGAUUUUUUAAAACUGUUAAAUAUUGUGUCAAAGCAAAUGAUAAAUUUGCCUAAGUAAUCAUCAUGUUUGAAAAUAAUCAUUUUUCUUAAUUAAAAAAAAGGUAAAUAGAGAGAAAAUCAUAAAAUAUACAAUUUUAUUCAGAAAUGAAAGAAAAGAAAAUGCUUUAUUCCGUAAAUAAAAAAAAAUACAAAACGAUUAAAUAAAAUACAAGACUGUUAUGGGCUCGGACAAUUUUUAUUGUGGAGAAAAAGGUAAUUUGAAAAUAAAAUUUUAAAAGAAUAAAGAGAAAUUGAGCAAAAUAAUAUUGAAGGAAUAAUGAAAAAAAUACUUGCAUUAGUAUGUUGCAUAAAAAUAAAGAAUGAAAAAAAAAUAAAAGAUUGAAAACGAUAAAGAUUUAAGAAGUAAAAAAAAAAGAAAAAAAUUACAAGGACUUUUUCUAUAUUGAUUGAAAUAAUAUAACGUAUAUUUUUUCAUGAUGCUGAAAGAUAUUGAAUUAAUAAAUGUACUUUAAUUAUAUAUAAAAAAAAAUAACUAUAGACUAUGUAAAGAGAUGAAGAAAAAACCCAGAACAAA